AUGCCGGCGCCCCCCCUGACCCCGGAACAUCGUGAGAGACUGUCCUGUCUGUCGCAGGGCAUCAACGACCUACUGAUGAGCCUGCGCCUUACCCUUCGGGGAUCUCAAUGCGCCACCAUCAUCAGUGCCUACGCUCCGCCAAUGACCAGUUCUGACGAGGCGAAGAUCGAAUUUUACGAAAACCUGCACGCUCUCCUAACGUUUGCGCCGAAGGCGGACAUGUUUAUUGUCCUUGGCGACUUCAAUUCCCAGUCCGGGACACGCCGCGCUGCCAGGAGGGCUGUUGGGUCCUCCCGGAAUCGACGGCCACAACGACAAUGGUCGCCUCCUCCUCCUCCUGCGAAAGUGCGCUGAACCCUGUCUCCUGCCGACCAACAUCCUCUUCCGCCUGUCGAUGCGGAAGAAGGCCACCUGGAUGCAGCCUCCCCCCCGGUCGCGGCGCUGGCAGCAACCGGACUGCGUUCUCGUUCGGCAGCGUGAUUGACAGAAUGUGUUGGUAACCAAGGCGAUCUGCGACGUCGACGGUUGGACGGACCUCCGCCUCUUCAUCUCCAAGAUGAGGCCCGUCUCUAAGCCUGCAGCAGGCCAACUGCGGGACGCUGACCGCCGUGGAUUUCCUCGGCCGCGCACGUCAUCGAAACAAGAACUGAUCUUGAAGAAGGAGACACGAUCGCUGGGACAAGAGCUUAAUUAGCCUGACGUUUCGCAUUUCCUGCAGAUACGGGUGAUUCAUGCAUAAGGGGCUGCAGUAUUUAUAGGAUGCAGUCACCAUGCUACCGCAUACCUAUGAAAAUUCACGGCUCCCCUCUCUUCAUGAGGGAGCGUUGCACUUGGUGUGAUGACUGAUUGAUGGCCGACAUUCGUAUCGUUAAUUACUGCAAAUUCAUCACGUGCGCUGGAUGUUGGUGUGAUGAUGGCUCGAGCAUCUGACCCACUGACCCUGGUGUUGGGAAGAGUGUUCACCUGUGCGCUCCCCGCGUGGCCAAUUACUCCGCCUAGGCGAAGUCUCAGCACCGAGUAUGGAAAGGGAAGAUCAUUGCACUUCUUAAUGGACUGGGGGCCAGAAAACCAUGCCUCAAGCAGCUCCCGGCUCACGCGGUUGUCACCUCUUGCGAGAAUUUCGGCCUCGUCAAAGUUGAAUGUGUGGCCGAAUGUCGUCGAAUGAACCGCAACUUGAGAGCUAGCGUCAUUUCUCCGCACCGCUGCAGCGUGUUCGACCAUUCGCGUUCGGAGCCGUCUUCCAGUUUCUCCGACGUAGUUGCUUUGCCCGCAACUGCACCAGAUCCGAUAAACGACUCCAGGCGUUCCUUGCCGUGGCAGUGGGUCUUUUGGACUGGUUGGACGAGAACGACGCAGCCAUCUGCAACCAGCUCGUCAUUUCUGGCUGACAACGGUCAGUAGGCCAGAAAUGGCCAUUCCUCUCUCCCUUGUCUUUGUCUGUAAUGUUACUCUGCUUAUAUUGCGCGCCGCUGUUCGGCUCCCGGUGAGUCUCGAGAUAGAGUCCCAAGGCACAACGCGGCGAAUGAGUUCCGUAACGCGAUCGGUGGGCGCAAUGAACAAAAGUAUCUUGAAUAAAAAAUUUUUCUCGAUAUAUUGACGAGGCCUGCUCCGCCUCAGACGCGCAGUUAACAAAAUAGAUGUAGGCCCAUCUUAAAUAGUUUUAGCACAGGCAUUCCGCAACCGAUUUGCUUGUGACAGAACGCGUGCAUUGGAGAGCGAUGUAAAAUCCGGAUAGGCUACAUAGCUUACAAGUCAGUCAACGAGGCUUUUGCUGGUUGUGGCAAUGGAUCGCGUCGUUGAAAUUGAUUUGUCCGAGAAGAAGGAGAAACGAUCGCUGGAACGUUUCGGAAUCUCACUAAAAUCCAUCACCAGGCUAAUACAGCUCUUGUUCCGGCGAUCGUGUCUCCUUCUUCGCGACUUAUUCCCAGAACUCGUCUCUUCGCUUUUGUUAGUAAAUCGAUUUGCCCAUUAAACCACAAGUUUUACAGUAGACGGGCGAAGUAGCCUCAGUACUUUUCCGUCAAAAGCUUUCAAACCUCAGAGAAGUUUUGCAGUAUAAAAGUUUAUGAUUGACAAAGCACAAGGGGAGGGGACGGGGCGGGGAAUCAGAGGGUUUGAGGGGAGCGUGAAGCAAAUGUUGACUGGAAGAGACGCCAAGAAAUGCGAUUGAAGAGCACUUCACAUUCCAAUUUCUCGGGGUCGUCGGUAGCCGCUUCUACCUUCAUCACCAUGGAAUUUCCGUAAAGCCAACUGCAACAGAAACACAAAGCUGGAUGUUAGAUAUCUUAAAUUAAAAGAGAGGUGCAUUGAACGAAAAGAAAGUGGCCCAUAAUUUCACCUCAGAGACGCUGAGAGAUCAAUCUGAACGAGACUGGGACCGACUCAAUGAGCGAAAAGAAUGGUGAAGCCGAAACCGAUGACAGCAAGAUACGGAGCCGUAACUAAGGCGUAAAGUAAACGAAUGACUCCGUUUUAGGUCCCGUGGACUCCCCGCUUACAGUAUAGAUAUGGAUUUCAGCCAUUUCUACCGUCGCCGGUUCCUACAUGGUCUUGAGUAAGGUCGGCCAGUUGGAAUCGAUCCUUGGCAACGUAUCUCAUAAAACAUUAACCAAAAAUUUGAAAUGUGUUCUCGGUUAGAAAGAAUUACUUAGAUGGUGUCCUAGGAUUAUCAUGCAGGCAUGAAUGGGACGCCAAGUUAAAUGUCCCUCUUCCCGGUCACCGACAAAAUUCACUCUCUAAAAUGACUACGCAAGUAGCAUGGAUAUUUCCGCUCACUGUCGAUGCCCUUAAAAAUGCAAGCACGCUCUUUAGAAGGCAUGGACAAAACAUCCUCUCCUGUACUCAUUUUGUAGUAAAUUAGGUCUUUUUCAAGUUUUCUAUUCGAAGAAUAAUACUUUUCAGCCUUAAAAGGCUUGUUGUUAUGGAAUGUCCAAUCGAACAGCGUCAUAUCUGCUCAUUUAUUGAUUAUGUUUGUGAGGUUCAUGCCCGUUGGGAAAUUUCGUAGGCGUCCCUGGUAUCUCGUCGACGGCAUAGAGAAAUGUUCGGUAUUUCUGAAUAAAAAGUGGAUAGCUUGUAGUUUGGAAACCCUAAACACGAGUGGAACGGCAGAUAGGGUUCAAACUACUUUAAGAAUUGAAAAACACUUUCCCGAGACAGAACUAGACCAUUUCUUUGAGGAGACACCUUGAAGAGGACAUAAUUUUCUGCAUAAUGAAUAUAGGACGAGAUACUUUGUACAUGGUUCCUAAAAAGUAUGCCCAAAUUUAUAAGAGCUUCAGAAAUUAGUAGAAAAAGUCACAUUUAUUAAGUAGUAUUUCAGUGGGAUUUUCACAGGCGGUCGGAAAGACACGUCCAAAAGCCGGCAUCCUAGCGUGACUGUAGUAGAUUGAGAUUAUACUGCAAGACAAUUAGUAUUACAAACCCACCCAGGCAAUCCCUUCUAACAGAGAUCGUAAUUCGGAAUUUAAAGUAGUGUUUCAUGGAAUACGUUACCUGCUGCUACAUAAUUGAUAUGAUGCGCUAGGUACAUCCCUGACACGCACGCGGCGGUUUCUGGAUGAUGAUGAUGAUGAUGAUGAUGAUGAUGAUGAUGAUGAUGAUGAUGAUGAUGAUGAUGAUGAUGAUGAUGAUGAUGAUGAUGAUGAUGAUGAUGAUGAUGAUGAUGAUGAUGAUGAUGAUGAUGAUGAUGGUCAAGCUAACACAGACUGGCACAUAUUCACUGCCCUUCUUGGAAAAGCCAGCAUGACCCGUCGGGGAUCCUGA